UGCAAGUACGAGAUGCAUGCACUGGGUCAGCAAUACAAUCAUAUUAUUGUGGUGUUAGACCAGAUGUGCGCUUGGACGUAUCGCCUUAUGGUCGCUGGAUAGUCAUGGUGUGUAAUGAAAGAGAUAUAUGGCUUAGUGACACUCAGAGCAAUAUCAAGAACGGGCCUUUCAAAGCGGACAGUGACGACGAUCCUUCAGUGACCUUCCCACCGGGUAGGCAAGAGUUGAUCAUGUCUGUUACUUGCGACCAAACAACAGAAUUAUGGGAUAUCGAGGCGAAUACUGUACUGGCAACAUUCGAUUCUGAAGACCGAAUCCUAUCCGCAGCGCUACUGCCAGAUAAUCGAAAAGUAGCAAUUGCAGCCUAUGAGACGAUGCGUCUGCGGGAAGGAGAUGCCGUCCUGCAGACAUUCGCGGGGCAUACCGAUCUUAUCCUAUCAGCAACCAUGUCACCAGAUGGCCGGCGAUUGGCAACUGCCUCUGAAGACAAGACGAUUAGAUUGUGGAAUGUGGAGUCAGAGGCUCUUACACGACGCUCUGCCACCUAUCCCGCUAGUAUGAUCGAGCUUAUAGUCUUCUCACCCGACUGCAGAGUGGUAGCCACGACGUCCGCGGACCAGGACGUGACGCUGUGGCAUAUUGACACAGGGACUGUUCUGCAUACCCUUCGGCACUCUUCCGACGUCUACGCAAUCGGCUUCUCGCCAGAUGGUCACCACAUAGCAACCCUCACCGCAUACCGUAUGAUCUGUCUCUGGGACUGGAGGACUGGAGUAAAGUUGAGCUCUUAUGGUGCGGGCUCGGCUCAGCUCAAUCAUUUCAAUGAGCAUUACAACACAGGUCCGCCGGUGCUCCGUUACUCGCCAAAUAUUCAAUACGACCGUCAAUGGAUUCUUUAUGACGGGAAGAAGGUAAUUAUGGCUUCCAGUCACGUAUCAGCCAUAUGAAUACGAAGUCGGUGGCUGCAAUCUCGUUAUUGGCUGCUAUACGGGACAGAUCCUUCUUCUAAGCUUCCCUCUGGAUCCCAAGCUGUUGAUCUAGAUUGUUUUAUCUAAUGUACCAUUGUGUC